GCCACUUGCAAACAUUAUCUAAGGACAAGGUAAAGAAAAUGGAAAUGUACGUGUGGCAUCGGUGAUGCAGUAUUCGAAGAACUGUGAGCGAUCUUAAGUUCGAUCUUGAUUUUUGUGCCUUUUUUGAGCGAUCAUGUCGGGUUACGGAGCACCUUCAGUGGCCAUGGCGCCCUUUUUGAACGAAAGAAAAGCCAUCGAAGAUUUGACGAGUCUUCUUAAGCAUAUUGACGACAAAGGAGAGCUUAAAGAUCUUCUGGAGAAUGAAAGUCAGCUCAAUGAACUAAUCGCAGAUAAUGAGGAGGUUAAGAGAAUUCAAGUGCAGCGUGAGACUCUGAUGGCAAGUAACAGAAGUCUUGCAGAGUACAAUCUGUCACAGCAACCUAUACUGGAGGCAAAGAAAAACGCACUUUUUGAGGCUCACCGAAACAAGGCUGUUAUUCAAGAGAUGUAUGAAGAGUACAGAAAAAAACUAGAUGCACUUUCAAGCCAAUAUUCACCGGACACAACCUUAGCAUUGUUGCAAACUUCUGCAGCACAAGCAGAGGAAGAAGCUGAGAAAAUUGCUGAUAAAUUCCUAGAUGGUGAAAUCAAUGUUGAGGACUUCAUUCAGUCAUUUCAAAGUCAGAAGACUAUUCACAGCUUACGAAAAAUUAAAUCUGAAAAGUUGACUGAGCUAUUAAGAAGUAGGAUGUCUUCCCAAUAUUCCUAUAGGCUUUAAUUGUUCAUACUCUUAAACAAGAAGAAAAAUACAUGUUAAAAAUAAACAGGCUUAUCGUCUUUUCUCUUCAAAAUAAAACAAAGCUCUGUGGAUAUGGUCAAACUCUUUUGUUGGGGCCAGCCCCAAUGAGGAUUAAAAACAAAACUUGACUGGGGUUUCUGUGUUCAAAAAGGCAUGAUUUAGAGUUGAUGGAGAAGGAUGAAAUACCUUACAUUUUUCAACCUUUCAUUGGCAAAAUGAAAGUUUGUACUCAUGUGAAAUCAUUAAUUUAUGCAUAGCUUAUAUUAAUGUAAUAGAGCAGUUGUUUGAGGGAUAAUGCUAUGUUAACUAUUUUACUCCCAGAUUUCAUUAGUGAUGCUCCAUACUGUCUGCCAUACAAUUCUUACGAUGUUGGUGUGAAGAAUUUUGUAUUGGAUUGACUAAUAAUCCCCUAAUUGAUAUUUUUGCUUAUUCUCAUCACUUGUCUGCUUGAUGUUGUAUGGAUAUUGUAAAGACAAGUUCUGUUUUGGUUGCUCAUGGGAGCUAAAGGGUUAUGUGUAUAUUGCCUGUCUGAGCCUGACUCAGAUUAAAGUGAUGUCAACUGGGAGUUAGGCCCAGAUUGACAAUCUUCACCUUGGACAAAGUCAUUGGUAAAAUUUAAUAAUAAAAGUUAGUAUGUAACAGGCUGGGAAUUAUGCUUACAUGUUUAUUGUAUAAUGUGAUCUGUAGCAGCUAUGGUGAUCACAUAGCUUGGAAUUGGUUGUAUUACUUUAAUUCACUUUAGCACAGCUAAGUUCGAAGUAAAGUUCAAAGUUAAUUUUUAGGUUUUCUAAUGGUAAUUAUCAGUACGAUAUGACUGUGGUAUGUAUAUGGUUUGAGACCAAGAGACAGUUAGACAGGUGUCAGAAAGUUUUCCCAAAAGCUUGAAAGUUGUGCAAAAGAGCUGGCUCUUUUGUAUAAUGUUAGUCCUUCAAAUUUUUGUGCAACCUUCAGGCACUGAUUUUUGAUAUGUCUUCCAUAGUUUCCUGUAACCCAUUAAAACUGAGAAUAAAGAAAAAGUGUUUCCUUCUUCA